CUUCUCAAGAGAGAUCUUAAUCAGAAACGAUGACCUCAAACAAGGGAAAGCGUAGGGAGCAUCUAGAUGACGAGCAGCUUCUCGGGCACGAGAUGCAGCAGCUCAACAACGAGAACGACGAGGGCGAGCAGGUCAGCGACUGGUCCACUUUCUGGGGCGAGUCUGAUCCGGCAGAGUCCAACGAGAUACGCAAACCUUGGAAGAAGAAUCUCUAUCAACUUCUACAGGAGCCGAACAGCUCGCAGGGCGCUUUCACAAUACACAUUUGCAUAACACUCCUUAUCGUUAUCGCCGCCGUUCUGACUAUCCUCGAAACUAUACCCAGCUUUAGAGCCACAGAUUCCCGUAUCUGGUUCGGCUUAGAAACCGCGAUUGUCGCCAUGUUUACAAUAGAGUAUUGCGCUAGAGUCGCUGCUCACUCAGACUCAUGGACAAUGUUGUGGAGGUGGUCAAAAUCUUUCUUCGCCUUGAUCGAUCUGGCUUCUAUUCUGCCCUAUUAUAUUGAAGUAUCCUUGCACACUGACACCACAAACUUCUUCCAUUUCUCUAUACUACGUACAUUCAGACUUCUUAGAGUAUUUAGAGCGUUUAGAUAUUCAAGCAAACUCCUGCUCACUAUCGAGGUCAUGGUUUUGUCGUUCAAACGCUCAGCAGACGCCCUUUUCGCGCUUUCUUUCUUAGUCUGUACACUAGUAGCUUUGUUCGCAACCUUUUUAUACUUCCUUGAGCGCGGUAGCUGGGAUGCCAGCCUUGAAACAUUCAUUACCAGCGACGGCGAACCUUCAUCAUUUGAUAGUAUUCCUGCUGCUGCUUGGUUCGUUUUAGUGACAAUCUCCACAGUUGGUUAUGGUGAAGUCACGCCAACAACCACCAUAGGAAGAUUAAUCACACUUCCACUCCUUAUUUUCGGAUUAUUGUUGAUCGCCUUACCAUCAUUUGUCUUGGGAAGGAACUUUUCGAUAGUCUGGGAUACCGUCACAUCUCACCAAAAUGUAGAAGCUACACCUAGAAGACGCAAUUACGUAACUGUACCAUCAUCAGGAUUCGAUGUACCAUCUGAACCCGAGCCUAUUUUUGAUGCUCACAAUCCAUACGGUAGUCCAACCUAUACAACGGCGAGACCAAGGGUAGGCAUCCAACAAAAUUCACAACUUGAAUCCAUACCAGAAGCGAGCACAAGUAGUGCUCAAUAUAAUGUAGUCGAUGAAAUCAAAUCACUCAGGUUGGCAAUCGACCAACAAUCACGCGAUAUGAGGAUACUUAUGGAGGCGCUAUCACAACGACCAACGUAGUUUUAGAC